AUGAGAACUAUCANCAGAUUUGAUCAAGUAUUACAGCAACAACAGGAUUUAUCACAGAAGCACGAGGAUUUCUGUUUGAAUGUGGCAACUGCUUUUCAAGAUUUGGCUAAAUACGUAGAUGCGGUGGCGGAAAGGGUUGAAGAGAAUGAACAAAGAGCAGAAUCUUUCCCUCAGUCCCAAUGUGUAGAAAAUUGUCCUCCUGGAUUUGUCAAACAGGUUCAGGAAGGAGAGCCAGUUUGCUGCUAUGACUGUGUUCCUUGUCCGAAGGGGACCUUCUCCACUCAGGAAGAUACUGAAAAAUGCAUCAAGUGCCCAGAAGAUCAGUAUCCAACUGAGGAAAGAGUCCAAUUCCAAAUUAUCAUCUGCUCCAUCUGGCUGACAGUUUCUCCUCCAUUCCCUGAAACUGACCUCUAUUCCCAGGAAGAAGAAAUUAUCCUGCAAUGCAACGAAGGGUUUGUUGUCAUGUUCUACAUCACUCUCAGCUAUCUGGGCUUCCUGGCUGCCAUAUGCUUCACGGUGGCUUUCCUGGCAAGGAAUCUGCCUGGGACCUUCAACGAAGCCAAGCUGAUCACUUUCACAAGAAUCCUACGCUUCAUUUUUGCCAUUCAACAAAUCAACAAGAAUUCUCAGCUUUUGUACAAUCUCACACUUGGCUAUAAUAUCCAUGACAAUUAUAUGAACACCCUUGGCACUUCAGAUGCCUUGCUGGACAUGCUCUCAACUGGAGAAGCUAAUGUUCCCAACUACAGCUGUGGAAAGAAGGACAAUCUUUUGACUUUUCUUGAUGGAGCUCUUGAUGACAUCUCUAUUCAGAUGUCAACAUUAAUGGGCACCUACAAAGUCCCACAGCACGUUCUUUCAGUCAAGGGCCGGAGACGAUGCACCCAGAGAGCACCACUGGAUAUUCAGGAGAAGAGCAACAGUAUUCAGAUCCAAAUUGACCACCGUUUUUACAGUGUUGUUAAGACUCUGGCCCAUGUCUUGAAUGCUGCAUAUUCCUCAACAUCUAGGAGGGCAAAAAAGGAGGAGAUAGAGAGAUUGGAAGCUCCAAGGCUACAACCAUGGCAGGAGAAUGCCAUCAAAGAGCAACUGGGGAGUUUUGAAAGACAGAGGCUUAUUAUCAGCCAAGAUGCUCUUUCACGGCUAAAGUUGCUCAACAAGGUGGUUGAAAAUAGUGGCAAGUUUUCUAUGUCUGUAGAAAUGACUUCAGAUCCGUUGCUGGACCUGCUUUCAGAUGGGGAGGCCAAUGUUCCCAACUAUAGGUGUGGGCGGCAGAAAAACACAGUGGCUGUUCUGGAAGGGGCUGAAACUGGCAUUUCCAUCCAGAUUUCAGCCAUGCUCAGUACCUACAAAAUUCCUCAGGAUGCCUUUUCGGUGAAAGUCUGGAGACGGUGCAGACAGAGAGAAGAACUGGUGGCUGUGAGGGAAGAGGAGAUUGAUCGGAUCCUGGCUAUGGACAGUUACCUGACUUACAGCACCAUCUGGGCUGUGGGAAGGGCCUUACAUUCAGCUCAUAUCUCCACAUUCAAGAGAUCAGUGAGGAACAGAGGCAUGAAGCUAGAAGCCCCAAGGCUGACGGCUUGGCAGCUUCACCCUUUCCUUCAAAGCCCUCAGUUUCACAAUAAUUCCAUAGAUGGGGUAUAUUUGGAUGAGAAAGGAGAUUUGACGGCUGACUUGGACAUUGUGAACUGGAUUGUUUUCCCAAACAAAUCUGUCAAGAGAACAAAAACUGGAAGUCUAGAAAAACAGACAACUCAGGAUUUCAAAGUUACCAUUGACCAGAGGAGUAUUGGACAGAGCCUACCAACUUCCAGGUGUGUGGAAAGCUGUCAUCCUGGAUUCAUGAAAGUGGUUUUGGAAGGGAAACCCAUCUGUUGCUACAAUUGUGUUCCUUGUCCAGAAGGAACCAUCUCCACCAUGGAAGAUGCUGAACAAUGCACAAAAUGUCCAGCGGAUCAGCAUCCGAGCCUCAGCCGAAAUGAUUGUAUACCUAAGAAGGAAACUUUCCUAUCCUACCAAGAAAUGUUGGGGAUCAUGCUAGCUUCCCUUGCCUUGUUCUUGUCUUUGGCAACCAUUUUUGUCUUUGGAAUAUUCAUUAAAUUUCAAGAAACUCCCUUGGUCAAAGCCAGCAAUCGUGAUCUCUCCUACAUCCUCCUCAUCUCCCUCCUGUUUUCAUUCUUGACCUCAUUCUUAUUCAUUGGUCAACCAAAAGUAACCACUUGCCUUGUCCAACAAACAGCAUUCAGCAACAUCUUUACAGUUGCCAUUUCUACUGUCUUGGCCAAAACUGUCAUGGUGGUAUUAGCCUUCUUGGCCACAAAACCAGGGAAUAAUGUACAGAGAUGGUUAGGGAAGAGCAUGGCCAAUUCUAUCAUCCUUUCUUGCUCUGGAGUCCAAGUUGUCCUUUGCAGUAUCUGGUUGGGCACCUCUCCCCCAUUCCCUAAAUCGGACAUGUAUUCAGAAUCUGCUGAGGUCAUCCUUCAAUGUAAUGAAGGCUCUGUUGCCAUGUUCUAUCUUGCCCUUGGCUAUAUGAGCUUCCUGGCUGUCAUCUGCUUCACAAUGGCCUUCCUAGCCAGGAAUCUACCUGGGGCCUUCAACGAAGCCAAGUUGAUCACCUUCAGCAUGAUGGUCUUCUGUAGCGUCUGGAUAUCCUUUGUACCCACUUACCUGAGCACCAAGGGGAAGUAUAUGGUAGCCGUGCAGGUCUUCUCCAUGUUGGCUUCCAGUGCUAGCCUGUUGCUAUUAAUUUUUCUCCCCAAAUGUUACAUUAUUUUCCUAAGACCAGAUCUGAAUACAAAAGAACAUAUGAUGUCAAAAUAA